UAUCUAGGAAUGACUGGUAUGUGUCUGCCAAAGUCAGAGAAACUUUCAGGGUGGAAAUUUUUGAGACGCUCCACAACAUGAACCAUGUCAGCCUAAAUAAGAACCAUUCCUGCUAACUCCCGUCACACCUCGAUAUCAGGCAGGCGUCUGUCUAAGACAGUGACAAGCAAAUUGGCUCCAACUGUCUCCGUGCAGAUGUUGACACACGCCAUGUUCGGUCAACUGCAGAAAGAACCACCCCCCCCCCCCAGCAAAAACAGAAACUCCUCUUACAAAACACUAUUGUACAGAUACAUGGGAGGGGGCGAAGAGAUGUUGCGGAUGAGUUGAAUGAGGUGAGGGUGGAGAUGGGAUGGGUUGGCUCUGCGCGUUGAGACGGUGGUUUGACUUGCAAAGCAGGCCUGGGCGCUUGUGGCCCAAGCGCCAAAGAGAGGGGCCCUUCCCUGAAGGUGGAACACGAAGUACACGGACAGCUGCGGUGCCGCUUUGUGCUAGAUUGCUGGCCUUGUCACCCACAGGCAUGAAUUAGUGAUAAGGAAUGUUUCAAGCCAUGAGGAGGUGUCAGGAUCAGAUAGGCAGACAGACAGACGGCAGGACGGAUACACGGGUGGGGGCUGUGCUCGGCGGCUCGGCGGCAGGCUGGUGGAAGAUGUCGUCAGGGGCCGGUGGGAGAGGAGGAAGGCGGCUCCGGGGUAUAACAAGCACUGCGGGCGGGGGGGGACGAGGGGGAGCAGGGGAGGCGGAGGAGGGUCCCGUGGGGAUCCCUUUCCCCGAACACAGCGCGGACGUCCUGGGCGGCCUGAACAAGCAGCGGCUCAGCGGGCUCCUUUGCGAUGUGCUCUUAGUCACCCAGGACCGGGAGUUUCCGGCCCACCGCUCCGUCCUUGCGUCCUGCAGCUCUUACUUCCACAAGCUCUUCACUUCAGGGGCCGCCGCUGACCAGCAGAACAUCUACAACAUCGACUUUGUGGCAGCAGAGGCUCUGGGAGCUUUGCUGGACUUUGCCUACACGGCGACGUUGACGGUCAGUCACAGCAGCGUGGCUGACAUCCUUGCUGCUGCUCGCCUCCUGGAAAUCUCUCCCGUCCAGGACGUCUGUACUCACCUGCUGGACACCAAAGUGCUCUCCUCACCGGCGGGCAGUGAGCGAAGAGAUGAAGAUGAAGAGGGGAAAUGCAGAGGAGUCAAGGAGCAGGGGAACCGAAUUCGGGCCAGGGAGUACCUGGAGUACUUCCAGAGAGGGGCGCACUGGAGCAGCAGCUGCAGCACGCCAGAGCUCAGGGAACUGCCCACACACCUGCACUUUAACCAUGGUAACGGGAGCAUCCCCAGCAACGGGGCUCCUGCGGGCCCCGGUGAGUACUACUCCCCGCUGGCCCUAGCCUUGUCACAGCCCCAAGCGCAAGAACCAGAGGAGGAGGACGAGGAUGAAGAGGAAGAGGAAGACAGGGAGGCAGUUCAGGGCAAUGGAGUGAACCCGGGGUCGUCAUACUACCCUCCAUCUCAGAACGGCCACUUCUACCUCCCCCCUGAGUCUCGGCAGGAGGCGGAGGUGGAGGACAGCUGCAGGGAGGCGAUGGUGAGGGAUAGGGGCUCGGCCAGCGCCCUCCUGCAACAAAUGAUGGACUCCAUCGAGAGGCAGAAGAAGCGUGCGGACGGGGAGGAGCAGGGAGACGGGGAUGAUCCUGACAUGGAAUUUUACUUGAAUUAUUUCAGCAGCACGCAGCACGAAGACGCAGCUUCUGCAUCACUCGUGCAUGGCGUGCCGCCGUCGCUGUGGAUGUCACGAGGCAGCGCGGGCCAACACACAGCAGGAGGAGAGAGGGCAGUGGAGGAGAGAGGGAACGGCACUGGAGGAGGUGGAGGAGAAAGAAAGAUGCGUUCUAAGGCCUUCCAGAAGUGCCCCAUAUGCUCGAAGGUCAUUCAAGGUGCAGGCAAGCUACCCCGCCAUAUCAGAACGCACACGGGAGAGAAACCCUAUGAAUGCGCCAUCUGCAAAGUGCGCUUUACCAGGCAGGACAAGCUCAAGGUUCACAUGCGAAAGCAUACAGGAGAGAAGCCUUACCUGUGUACACAAUGUGGAGCCGCCUUCGCUCACAACUACGACCUGAAGAACCACAUGCGUGUCCACACCGGUCUCCGUCCCUACCAGUGCUCAAGCUGCUUUAAGACUUUUGUGCGCUCGGACCACCUGCACCGCCACCUUAAGAAGGACGGCUGCAACGGCAUCCCCUCCCGCCGGGGCAGAAAACCUCGGGUGAGAGAACCGGGGCUCCUGGAGGCCCCGCCGAGCCUCCUAAGCCCUAGCCCCGAAACUGGGUCCCAGCCUCGCACCGCCAGGGGCCGGCGGCGCUCCGAGGCGCCCUCUGCAGCCGAGGUAGAGGGUGCUGUCGAGGUGCACACACACAGUCCUCGGCUGCAGGAGCUAGCAGUGGAGGCGGGACCCUGAGACUACGGGUGGGGAGAGGGGUGAACGCGGGGAGGGGACCACAAGGACACUGCUGGACGCCACAGUCGCUCUGCACAGCCUGUGAGACAGGCCAGUGGACAGAGGAGAGAAUAAACAUGCAAAGGCAAUUUAAAGAGACAAAACAACUAACUAUUCCUCUAUAAACCAAAUCAGGGUGUCACAGAAAUUGAAUCUUUAUAUUUCUUUCUCCUUUUACUUUAGGAAAUGGAAUAGACUUGCAAGCACUUCAGUCGUUUUAUUUGUUAAAGAGAAAAGAACGCUUCAAAUCAUCCACCCAUGAUGUCCACUUUCUGGGCCAUUUCUUUCUCUGUCAUUUUAGACUCUUUUUUGUUUUGGGUUUUUUUUACACCGGCAUAUGCAGUUAGGCAAGUAUAUGGUCGAGACAAAGAAACUCCGAGCAACUAUGCAGUUGAUUUAAAGUUUAAUUGGUUUUGUCCUCACAGCCUUCAAGCUCUAAGAAAGGUGACUGUCAUGCACCUUCUGGCUGCUGUACGAGUGAAGCGAGGACAAAUCCUCCCAGCAACAACUCCUUUUUUUUUAUACCUAUUCCUUUACAGCUCUGAGAUGUACAGUUACCAUAGAAACAAAAUUUCCACAAUAUGGUAUAUGCAAGGAAAACUCACCGUUUUGAUGCAAGAAUCUUUAUAUUUUUCAGUCUAUAAAUGUUUCAGAAAGAAUCAGGCGAGGGGUUGAUUGAAGUGUUACUUACUCUAAAAAAAAAUGUUUGUUUUUUCUAAUUGUAAUUGGUGGUUUGUCUUAUUGAAACGUUCAACUUGAGUCGAAUCCACUUUAACGGGGGCUCGCCGCUUGCAGGACGAGGGGAAUGCGAGGGGUGGAGGGUUUGUGUUUUCCAAGCACUACCGUUCUCAACGUAUCUGUUGGCUUUACUACAUUACGUCUUGCUCCUCACAGCCCUGCAACAUCAGCGUUUCCUUUGCCCUUUUGAUGUUUGAUUGUCUUAAUUCUGUUUUUUGUUGUUGUUCUUUUGGGUACUCGACACUUUAUAAUUGUAUACGUGUGUAUAUAGCAGGCAGAGACGUGACAUUGGCCCCCUCUUGCUGAGGUGUACUUACCGAUUUUUUACUUUUUAUUUUUUCCUUCUUGGGCUCAAUGUUAUAUUUCUCAGACACAGUUGAAGCUUUUGGGUGAAAGAAACGAAGCUGUGUGAAUGUUCAAUGGCAAACACACACACCAAAAAAAAAGAAAACAAACAAACAAAAAAAAAAACAUUAAGUCACCUAUUUGUCCUAAACGUAAAACUUGACAUGUACAGUUCCUGCCCAGAGGAUUAGAGCGAUGAAUGAAUGAAUGUGCUUAACUUUGUGCAGUUUUUUCGGAGUCUGUCCUUGUGCGACAAGGCGCGGGUAGCACUUAACCGACCGCAGGUUAAAGGAAUGGCAGGGAGCAAGAGAGACAAAGAGUACGAAGAAGACAUAUGUGAGCACCUUUCGAUAUAUAAAUAUAUAUAUAUAUAUAUAUAUAUAUUUUUUUUUUUUCUACGUUUGCACAGCUUUACUAAAGAUAUCCAACAGAGUGGGAGAUAUUUAAAGGAAUCUGGGUUGUUGUUGGGGAGCGAGAGUGAGAUUAGAUGUAUGUAUCAUGCUUAUUCCAAUCCUUUUUGCCCCAGGGACCACACAACCGUAAGGCAACCUGUGUGAUGAAGAGAGCAAUAAAUACCUGUCCGAGUUGGGAGGCCAAAUAGGAGCACAGCUGCAGUUGGGCGGUGGGGGAGGGGAGCAAGGGAAGAGGAGUGUAGGGGAGUGGGGGAAUCUCACAAUGUCUGUUGCAUUCCAAAAAAAUAAUCUCCCCCAGCUCAGCCACAUUUCCAGCCCGGGAGUGGAUCAGUCCGGGCCUUUUCUCUCCCUCUCUCUGCCUCUCCUCUAAUGCCCCUAAACCAGCCUGGAGGAGAUAUUAUUAUUGUUAUUCUUAUUAUAUUAGAACCUGGAUGCCUGGUGUUGGUAGUUUACUGUACGAGCGUGUUUACAUGUACAUGUGUUUUAAAUGUGGGCGUGUGUGUGUAUGUGUGGGUGUGCGUGUGUGGGGGCGUGUGUGUGGCAGCCAGCCAGGGUCCCUCUGGCCACAUCAUCAGAGUGUGAGUCAGCCGCAGCCUGUUCAAACAUGCACCCUGAGCUGCCAGCGCCGCUGCACUUUCUCGUGUCGUUCGCGCACACGCACCGGGUCCAGGUGUCCCGCAGAGAGGAGGGGAACGCCACGGCUCGCACUGUCCACUCUAAUGUUGUCAGUCACUGCGAGGCUUUGGUGAUUUUGCUUGGGUUAAAAGAUGCACGUUCAGAUUCCACGUGAUCCCCACCCCUCCUCGCCCACUUUACACAGUCUGAGCAAAAAAAAAGAAGCAAAGUAAACACAUCCUCUUUCACUUCUACUGUUCUCAAAAUUAUUUGGUCGUUGCCAAAUCUUACAGCCUCAGAUGAACAAUACCAUGGGAGAUGUUACGCUGUUUUUAAACAUAUAUAUAUCUAUAUAUAUAUAUAUAGAUAUAUAUAUAUAUAUAUACAUACAUACAUACAUAUAUUUAAUGGAAAAAUGAACUGUUUGAAACAUUGAACACUUUUAGCAGAACGGUGUGUCCAUUUGAUUUUGUGCACCUUUAAAAAUUGUUUGUAGUUUAGCACCUUGAUUCUUUCAUCAUUCCUGGUGUGUUUGGAGUCGCUGUCAGUUUAUGCAAAAAUGAGCCAAAAUCAUGAGCCACCCACCGCCGUGCUUAACUGGUAUGUUUAGUUUGUACUGUCCAAAAUCUCUCAGAACGAGAUUUGGUCCAGACGUCUCGUGGUUUGUUCAGAUGCAACUUGGGAAAGCUAAGCCAUAGUACCGUGUUGCUUUUAAAGAGGAUUUAUGCCGACAACCCUUAAAAACAAGCCAUGCUUAAUCAGCCUUUUUCUAAUUGGGCUGAUGUUUUAGUGGUCUUCUGCUAUUUCUUUCCAGUUUUAUUAAACCUGUCGUCCACGUCAACUCGCUGGAAUUUCCACUUUUGAGAAAACAGUUAAUUGUUUUGAGUAUUUUUGAUUAUUCCUGUUGUAAGUUACCCUUAUAACACGUUCCCGAUUAAAGGGCAGCCACAGCAGUAUCUUUUAUUGGUGUUAAAACCGUAGUAAUGGUCCAGACCAAGUGAACUUCUAGAUCAUGUUGCUAGGGGCCACUUAAUCAAAUGUCACACCUUUAAUUGCUUCCACACACUUUUUGAUACACUGUAAAAUCUCAUGACCUGUUGUUCAUCUAAGAUUGUUUUUAACUUAUGUAAAGACACAGAAAGUCUAAAACACAAAACCGGAAGAGGGUGUUCUUACUAUUUGGAAAUUCUGUACAAGUGCUUAAUGUUGCACCUUACUUGGAUUGAGGGUGGUCGUGGAGCACGUUCUUACAGGGCGAGUGGGCACUUUUGUCAACAAAACGGGUACUUUGAAACAAAUGAGAUGAGUCCCUCUUUUCUGUCCGUCGUGGUGAACUUGAAUUCUAGUGUUUUGGUGAGAUAUGAGAGUUUAGUUCCCACAGGAGACACUGAGCUGGGGUCAGAUGAGGUUUUGUGAUCCAAAAGACUAUUCCAUAUAACUGAAUGCACUUGAAGUUCAAUGUCGGUCAUUGUCUUUUUAUGUCUUAAUAUAAAAUAUGGAGGCAGAAGAAAGGGCACUUUGUGUGUUGGCUUGUGUGUACGUGUGUUUGCUUGUCCAUUCUUUAUUGCAAGUGUGUGUGCACACGCACAAGCUGGCAGUCAGGCUGGAGGGUCUCAGGAUAACUGUUAUAAACAAGCCUUUGCAUCGGCCCCCAUCUGUUCUCAGACCUACACGUGCUUCUGUUUGGAUCCGCGCGGCGGGGACGAGUCCACGGUAGCACAGAAGCAGGAACGUUACACUGCUAAGCAACACAUCGGACAGCAGCUUGUUUAUCCCACGGCUCUCUGUGCGCAGGUUUUCAUAGCACUAGUUUACUCUUGUUGGUCGCCGUCAGGCAGGAGUUGUGAAAGUCUUAAGUUCCUUUUUUUCUUCUUCUUCUUCUUUGACGCAUUUAACAGGGGUGUUAGUGAUUGUACAGCAGCGCUCCCGAUUUUAAACCAUUGUAAGCUGGGUGAUGUCUGUCGUUAUUCGUGUUGGUACUUGGAAUGGACUGCUUAUACCCUUUGUGUCUUAACGUGACAGGUUUUUUUUUUUUGUGAGCCAUCUUAAUUGGACCUCUAUGGUAGAUUUUGUUGAUUGACCAAAGCUCUUUAUUUUAUUUUUUUUUUGCCGUCCAUCUUAGUCAAAUGCAGACUCGAGAUAAUAAGUGUGAUUUUAUUCAGUCUGGACCUCCCUGACUAAGCCAUGGAUGCUCGUCAUCUUUCAGAUCAUUUUACUUGAGUUCACUUCCUCUUAUUCUUUGUAUGUUUGUGUAAAGAAAAAAUAGAAUCAAAAGUUUAAGGAUGUAUAGCUUGUUCUGUCUGUUUAUUUUUCUUUAUUUUAUUUUUUUUAAAUUAUGUGUUGUGCUACAGCUGGGGUUUUUUUUUGUUUUUUUUUCUAAAUAUUUUUACAUGGCGGUAUGUAUGUGUGUGUUUUGGGGUAAGGGUCGUGGUUUCGGGAUGCUGUGCCAGGAGGGUAGGGUAACUAAAAAAAAGAAGGGUGCUUGUGGGUGGGGGUUAUGGAUAAAAAGCCUAAAAUAGCACUGGAAACGGUGCUUUAGCUGAGAGAGCAAAAGUUUGCACUAAUGUAAAACGUCCUCGUCCUGCUUAUAGGGAGAAGGACCCGAGACCUCAAAGGCCUGCGAGUGUCUAAGAGCACAGAGCAGAGUGGUCGAUACUCAAUGGUCUCUCAAAGAGUCCAUUCAAACCCUCGUUAAAAAUAUAAUCAUGUACAGUAUGCUGAGAAAUAUAGACUUCCAGGAGCAACGGAUACCAAAGCAGAAAAAAACAAAACAAUGGGUUUCAUUCUCGUCACUGGACAUUUUAAGCUACCGAUUUUAGAUUUUUAUUCCUUGAGCUGAAGGCUUUUGAUGAGAGGUUCUCAGAUGGAAACAUAAUUUUCUUUUUAAGAUUAUAAAAUCAUAAAGUACAACUUUAAGAUGAGCAGUAAAGCUUUUUUGAAGAACAAAAAAAAUAAAAAAACUUGAGAUGUUUAACUUGUUCCAAACCUGUUUAAGGCAACACAGAUAGCCACAUUUCUAUGUUUAUUCUGCUGAUUAUUAAUUAAUGCCUACCAAUACUCCCUUUUCCUUAAAGACUGUUUUUGACCUGUUGAGCUGAGUCACUUCAGUGUGUUAUCUGAGAAGGUUAAAGUGACUGUAAAUGAUAUGUGGCCUUGUCUGAGGAGCGUUAAGCUUGUUUUGUUUGUUUCCAGUCUAUUGUGGAGUGUGGGGCUGAGGCUGACUCUCACUGGGUGGGCUGGUCAGCACCGAGGGCCAAAUCGUGCCUUAAGGAUUGACAAAAAAAAAAAAAAAGUUCAAUUAUCUUGACAAAAAAUGAUUUUUACUACACGGUAAAUUGGCUUCCUACAGUAUGAAUUGACUUAAUCUUUACUUGAGUAGUUUUAUGCAAACGCGUGUCAUUUUUUUUUUGUUGUUGCUUCUGUGUCCUGCACACCACCCAUGAUCGCAGCCUCAGCCCCAGACCAAGGUUACUUCGACGCAGGCUCCAGCCUCCAAAUUUCCAUGCAUUUUCUUUUUUUUCUUUUUUUUCUUUUUUUUCCCCCCCCUCAGACUUGACCUCGACAUGUAAUCUGUCUUGUGUUAUUAUUAAAGAUUCUUGCUAAAUCUAUCCAAGAAGGCCACUAAACAAAGACUAAGAGAUAACUAUAACUGUAAAUAUUCCAACAAAGCAGAACGUGCUGACUGUUAUUAUGGCCUGUAAUGACUGUGGAAAGGGUAGCUUUGCUUUGUCAUUUUGCUGCACCUAUUUUUUGUUUGUUUUGGUUUUUCUUUCUUCAUCAGGCUGUUGGUGCUCAGCAAGCCUGAGCGCAGCAUAUGCAGUACGGCUCCGUGCUCAGCGUGGCUCUGGCGCUCGCACAGACAGCCCUGGGUCCUUCAGAGGCACAGUUCUGUCUGAUGGCCAGCCUCUCAGCCAAGCGGACACAGUUUGCACUUGGAGUCUUUGUCAGUCUCUGGGGGAUACAAAGGUUAGCACACGGGGAGGAUUAAACAUGGCCGGUUGGGCAAGGCUGAGUGUUAUUUUCUGUUUCGGAAGCCCGAGUGAUGAGCACUAGAGUCGGUUCGCCAAACUAGCCCGGCCGCAUCAAUGCUGAAGAGGUUGUUGUAGAUUUGGGAAAACGCAGCCAAGAGACUGUUGCUGAUCUCUUCUGUCUUUAUGUACGUACUACUCAGGUGGAAAAUUCACUGCUAUGCAUUGGGUUUCAUUAUCUGCUCAGUUUAUGGUGUGUCUGGUUCGUCAUUGUGAUCAUUCCCAGACUUUUCCUGUAGAACUCCUUUCAAAAUUUUACAUCACAGCUUCCCCAGAAAGGAUUUCCUCACUGGAGUGAACUGUGUGUCCCUCCAAUUAAUAUUGAUUCAGUCAUUUUUUUUUUAAACAACUAAAAGAAACUCAUCGUUAAGACCUAUAACAUUUGUUUUUUUAAUCUUUAGUGGGUAGGGGGUUCAUUUCUCAUCUGAUCAGAGAUCUCACACACAGAGAGGGUAAAAGGCGAGCUAUGGACAAUUCGAGACCUGUUUGUCUCCUCAGACCAAAUUCAGGAUGCAUUCCAUGAUUUCAUACUGUGAGAAUGAAGCAAGUCCGAGACGACGAGAGGAAAUGUUUGACAUUUGGCUGCGUCUUGUCCGGCCUCGCCGUCCUGGGACGGACAUUUCAGUUGUAACGCUCAGAAGCCCCCCUUCCCACUUUCCCCUCAACUCCCCUUUGCAGUGUAGCACUAACUUUCUGACUGCCUUUUUUUCAGCUUCUGCGAUUGUAACAAAAGCACUUUGCGAGAAUUCACCUUGAAUUUUAUGUUUGUUCGAUUUUUUUCCGGUCAUCACUAUUUUUUCUUCCGUCUCUGUCUUAAUGCAGAUGAUUAUUUAAAUGCAAAAAAUAUAUAUGUAUAUUGAAAAUGGAUAAAAAGAAAAAGACUUGAAUAUUUGGUAUCUAGAUUGAUUUGCUAAUGCAUCUCUGUCAUACUACCACCAUACCUGUUAUGCAGCUUAUUGCAUAAUCUCAAUCAUUGUGGUGUGAAGAGGGGGUACAGAAGAGACUUUCUCCCACCUGCUUUCUGCGAGAUCUUGUUGCAAAACAGGUCAUCAGAUCUCUCUAUUUUUUUUUUUUAUUUUAAGAAAUGUGUAUAACACUUUGUAAAAAGCUUUCUGAGAAGGCUGCAUAUUAAUCGACUUUACAUUAAUAGCCUGUCUGUGUUGGGAAAGACUGGAUCUGGUAUCCGUAUAAGGAUUAAAUUAUUGAGAAUUUGUCGUCUUACAUUUGCAGAUCAGCACAGAAAUGUAUUUUGGCCUUAAACAAAUCACGAUUACUGCACUAAAAUGGAAGUACAAUGUCAUAAUACGCAUUCAAACGCUCGGAAAAAUCAUUCAGCUUGGGAGAGAAGAAAAGGCUGCUGUGAUCAUUAACAAUCUUUGAAGAGAUUUUUUUUUUCUUUGUUUUUUUCUUUUGCAUUUCAAAGUGACAGAAAAAUAUCAGUCAAAUCCGGACAUUUAAAUCUACACUGAGUCUCAUAUGGCAGAACAUAUUAGCAUGAUGUGGACAUUGUGUACUGACCACACCCAACUGUGUGUUUCACUAGUGUGUCCUAAAGGCGGACUACCUGCCAAGUGAAGUGAAUGGAUCAAGCCACAUGUAACAUACUGAUCACCGAAUGUUUCCUACCCACAGGGGGCAGCAGAACCUUCCCAUCUGAUGGGACUCAGUGUGGAUUUCCGUAAGCCAUCCUUUUAUUUUCACGUUUUAAUUUCUUGUCCAUCGUGUUCUGUUAGUCCAUAUCUGCUGGAAAGUACAAGGAGGCGGGGGAGGAACACGGGGAGGGGGAUUGUUGGUGAUUUCUGUUUUUGGAGAAAUUUGCACUUUUUGGCAACGAAAAGAGAGUAUUGUACACGAGACCACUAAAUCCACACACAGUCUAAAUCAUAUAAUUCCAUUUUGUGUCCUUUUUUGUUGUUGUUCUGUUCUUUUUUUUUAAUAUAUCCAAAAAAUGUCUGGCAUCUGGUUGUCUGGUUUAAAGAAUAUAAAAUCUUUCUAUUAAAAAAAAACCAAUG